AUGUCCACCGCAACCAUACCCUCGGCCACAUCACUUGCUCCGACGCUCUAUGGAGUCAGCAGGCUCGUACGCACGAUGAAAGGUGCGGAUGGUCAGCCAGACAUACAGGUUGUCACGACUGUGGGUUUCCGUGAGGACAACCACAAGUUUUGGGGCACGGUCACCUUGGAAGCCCCGCAGGGAGCUGAAGAGUCACUGGAACAUCUGAAGUGGGUGACUGGCUUCCGAGGCGAGAUUGUCACGCAGACCUCCGCAAAUGAUACGCAGCUGUUGCCGUCGUUCCAAGACUGGCUGGACGGGAAGACCGAAGCGGAUUACAAUUCGAUUGGACCCGCUCUGGUGAGGGCCCUCGACCAGCUUGUGGAAAACCUCGAGGUCCGCCGGAACGAAGCGUCACAGGCAGAUCUUGGGACGAGCCGCCCAAUGGUCUUACAGGAGAUGCAGCUCGUCUACGAUACGGUACACCAGCAUCUGUGCGCCCUCCAGGCCGGCAUCAGGGAGAACGUCAAAUCGGUCACCGAGGACGUCGCGGACCUGACUGACAACGCAACUCAUCUCGGUGCGCUUGAAUCACUUGAGCUCAAAACGUUCACCGAGCUCACGGCCUACUUCCGGGAGAUGUGCGGGGCCGGACUUCCUGCGGAUCGGGCCAAGGCGGCAGACGCUGCAAGGGCGGCAUUCCAUGAAUCCUUGAAAGAGGAGUCGCUUGUGCACCGUUCCCUGGCCAGCUUUGCGGCCGCACUCUUGGAGGGGCCGGACAUUGGGUCAAUCGAGGUGGACGACGGAUCAGACGGCAGUGGUACGGAGAUCGGAGACGGCGGCGGCAGUUUGGAGGACGGGUCCGGGACCAGCGCACCCGAGACAGAGGCCGUCCCAGCCUAG